AUGACGGAUAUUGUUAAAGCAGGUUGGCUGCAACGACGUACAACGGUUCUAAAAAAUUGGAAACGCGAAUGGUUUGUAUUAACAAAUGAUGCUCGCCUUCGUCGGAUGGCAUCACCUGAAAAGCAGAACGAUAAGGCGGAUGAUGUAUUUGAGCUACAUCGCUGUCGGCAAAUACGUUUUGGCUCCGAUGAAAUACCAGCUACUGUUGAACCACCGAACGAAUCAACGCGCGAGCAAUUAAUUGAACUUGUGCCAAGUAAAGGUGAUAUAUGGACAUUGUGUGCAGAAUCGACCGAUGAUCUAGUUGCUUGGCAAACAUCCUUUGAAGAUGUUCGUCAAUUAUACAUCGAACGCUUGCAACAACAGCAUGCACAACGGACCAACACACAGAUACCACUAAAUCGCUAUGUUUUCUACAGCGAUAGCAGUGACCUGCCUCGAAUCUAUCGAACGUCUAAUGGACAGCAACAACCACAGACUGUUAUUAUUGUUGAUCGAGAUCCUUACUAUGAUGGUUCUGGUAGUAUCGCAGCAGGAGCAAUGACAGGCAUGGCAUUGGGCACUAUGAUGAUGUGGCCGUUCCUUCUAUUUCCGUUGAUGCUGUAUUAA